UGUAACUGCUUAUUACACAUGGCAUUAAUGUUUUGAUUAUUUUUGUUUACUCGGUUUUGAUUUUGCAUGAAAUUGUUGUCAUCUGCGAGAGAGUGGUGAUUGUUGAACUGUAGUUUAUCUCAAACAUUUUAAAAUUUCGAAGAUGGUAUUGAUGGAUUUGAAAGUUAACAAAAAUUUAUUGGAUAUCAAAUUUGAAGGAUAUAAAUUAUCCUUGGAUCCCAUUCCAGUUUUAAAACAACCGGUAGUGGAUGGUGUAAAAUGUGCUGAAUUAGGUAAUGAAGAAUACAGCUACCUUCACACUCGGAUGUCAUUAUUGCACAAUUAUUUGUUUCAAGAUCCAUGGAAUCAGAAUAGUGUAUUUUAUAUUAAUGAAAGGCACAGAGUGCUGUGGUCAUCCUUAGGAGAGGAUGGACGUUUAACUGGUCCUCGCUGUACUUGGGAUAUGCCUCUAGAUGCAACAGAUUCCCAAGGCACUGUAACAAUAUCUUUUCCAGGUGCUGAUUGGGCAGUAUUAUGUAAUGGAAGGAAAACCUUAUAUAUUUUGUACACUCCUAGCCGUUCUGCUGGUGAACCAUGGGCAUGUUAUCACACUUACGAUAUAAAAUCAACCUCCUCAAGUUAUCUUUUACAUUCUGUUCACCGAACCACUCCAAAUGGACUACAGAUUGACUGUAUUAUUGCCACUGUUCAACCUAUAUCAGAAUUACCCGAUGAAUUAUCUUUCCCAGAAAUUUCUUCAUUUGUUUCUGUGCUAGAAUGGAUUUCUUUUACUUGUGGUCAAAAUAAUCAACUUUGGGCUACAAAACGAAUUCGCAAAUUAGCCAGCUCAUCUUUUCCAGAGUAUGCUGCUAUCGAUAAUGUUGGUGAUGCCAUUUGUGUUGUUUCUGAAAAUGAUUUUCAGUUUUAUUUUGAUACAGAAGGCUUGAGAAAUUCCAAAGCAGAUGAAGAGCCAAAAGAACCACAACCUCCAAAAUACACAUAUUUUCAGUCACCUGACGAUAUCACUGUUUAUUUUCGUGUGCCUGAAAAUUUAAAAAAGGCAGACUUCCAGAUUACUUUCCUUCCUCGACAUAUUGAAGUUCUUGUUCAAGGAAAAUGCGUUCUUUCUGGAGAAUUGUUUAGCUGUAUUGACCAUGAGGCUUGCACUUGGACUUUAGAUGGAGAGAAGCUUGAUGUCACUUUAUACAAAGCUGAAGAAGGUCUGAUGUGGCAAGAGUUAGUCAAAGGAAACAGUGAAGGAGAGGAAUUAAUGGAUCCAGCCCUCCUAGCAGAGAUGCAUGCACGGCUUGCUCACCUCACAUCGGAAAGUGAGGUUGCUCCUAGUAAUAAAGUGCCAUUUAAUUUGCAACAAUUAGAAGAAUGUGAUUCUUCUAUAGAACAGCGUUUCUUUCAAAGAAUUGAUGGUAAUGAACAUCAAGAAACUCACAGGGUCAAUUUAGGAGGACACCAGUGGUUGUUUGCUGGUCAAAUAUGCCCUGAAUCUUUACCUGCCAUUUGUCUUCGUCACGACGUAGAUGGUAUCCUAUGGCAGCCAAAGAACAUAUUCAGUGAAGGCGAGAUGGAACACUUCAAAAUGGAACAUUUGGCUACCUUUUCAGCUCUGGGUUAUGUAUUGGCUUCAAAACAAGACAAAAAAUUCACAUCCUGUUCGCCAAACUUCCAGUUUUCAGUGGUUUCUGACUGUUCUCGCCACUUGUAUCUGUACUGCCAACCAGAAAGCAUAACUUCUGCACUCCGUAACAGGAAAACCGGUGAAUCCAUCGCCCAUAUAGCAAAACAGUAUGUUGUGUCGCUGGAAGAGUGCGAUAGAAUGUUGGGAUUGCGGGUCAGUCCGGAAUGCAUAUUCGUGCUGAGUAAAGAUAUUUUAUAUGCUGUGAAGGUCACCGCUAAGUAAGUGAUUAGAAAAUGCAGGUGCGAAAUCGUAUGAUGAAUAUAAGGUAGCUUAUGUUUUAUGCAAGUCUUAAACAAUUUAUCUGCAUAUGAAUGUACAAAUAAAGAAUUUUAUUUUUUGUUUUGU